GUUCAUUGUCGUAACGGGAGAGUUUGGCGGGCAGCGCAACGGCGAUUGGCCGGUCUUCCUUCUCGUAGUCAAUGGUCGCCGUAGCUGUUCGUUGGAGUAUUCGGUUCAAGUUUUUACGAGAAAGUACUACCCAGAACUUCCAUUGUACAGCGACUGCAUUGGCGAAGCUGGAGAGGGGAAAGGAUUCUUAUCAUUUACUUCAUAACGUUGAAUUAUAAAAGAUCCAUAAACAAUGAGUUCGAACGCUUGCUAUAAAUGUAACCGAAUGGGUCACUUUGCACGAGAGUGCACACAAGGUGGCGGAGGUGGUGGCAGAGGAGACCGUGGCCGUGAUAGAGAAGGUGGAUUUGGACGUGGACGUGAUAAAUGUUUUAAAUGCAACCAAUUUGGACAUUUCGCACGCGAAUGCAAAGAAGAUCAGGACCUUUGUUAUCGUUGCAAUGGAGUUGGUCACAUUGCUAAGGAUUGCCAACAAGGACCUGAAAUGAGCUGCUAUAACUGCAACAAAACUGGACACAUUGCUCGUAGCUGCCCAGAGGGUGUAAACGAUACUGCCCGUUUUGCUAUGCAAAGUUGCUACAACUGCAACAAGACAGGACACAUUGCUCGUAAUUGCACCGAAGCAGGAGGUAAAAUUUGCUACAUUUGUGGCAAGACGGGGCACAUAAGCCGUGAAUGCGAGGAGGAGAGGAAGUAGGAGAUAACCCAAAUCCGUGCCGCUCGCUUAAUAAUAAUGAUAAGCCGUUUACCAUCGUGCGCGCCACUACCGGGGAUUGUAGCUAGGUAGGGAUGUGCGGACGUUUCUCUCAACGACGACACGUGUUAUCGCAAAAGCGUGUUCGUUAUUGCCGUUCGAAUUUUCAUCUCUCCAUGCCCAACUCCCGGAGUUCUCCUCCCUCUCCCAAAUCUCCUUCCCCGUGCCCACCGUUGUUCUCUUUCACAUGGAUUUUCUUAUAAUGUCUUUAAGUUUUUAUUGCUGUUACACUACACCACACAUCCGCGCGCGCACAAAGUACAUUCACACAUAAACACAUCUGACAUUUACACGAAUACACAUACACACACACCACACACACACUAUACGAUGUAAUAUUAUAAACAUUCAAUUGAAUUAGAGUAGCGACAUAAAUCCUCUGUCCCUUGACCUUCAAACUAUCUUGUACGUGAAUUAUUUCGUAAUGCAAGAUGUAUGGAUUUCGAAAGCAUUAAUGAAGUUCACAAGGACCAUCUUAAAGCUGAGUGACAUUGAUCAGUCUAAUAGACUGUCUUAUCUUCCUUGGUACAUUGAUAUGGAAAUUUUAUGAAAUGACUGAAGGACUUUACAAUGUAAGAAAGGGAUGUUAUGACUGAGAAUGAUGGAUAAAUUAAAGUCGUAUUCCUUUCUCACAUCCACGCAUCUUGUAUUCGGUCCUCCCUCUCAAACUCUCUAGCUGAAUCACGUUAAAUUUCAAAAGUAAUGGGAAAGGAAAGGAAAUAUGUAAACAUGCUGGCCCCGAAUGCAUAAAAAUAAGGUUUAGUAACGCCAAUUUUUAACGUGUAAGGAUGUAACGAGGUUCGCAGAACGAUUAUUUUUUAAUAAUAUCUGCUUUAAUAAAACUACAAACAUGGUUGUAGAACAUGCAAAGUUUACAAAUUCAUAAAUAUACAAUAGUGCUGGACCAUCAUGUUUUAAAAUCUACCAAGAGAAGCAGAACAAAGACUAUUUGUGUAAGAUUGUAAUUAAAAAAUCAGUAUGGCCAUCGAAGAUUACUACGCUUUUUAUGUAUAUAUAUGCAAUUAUGUUUAUAUAUAUAUGCUAUAUAUAUAUAUAUAUACAAUUGCAAAAUUCAUUAAAAGUUCAGGCAUUUUAUAUACAUUAUUACGAAAAUAUUAAUAAUAAAAAAAAUCACCGUGUUCGUAUUUCCAAAUGAUCACUAUGAUCUCAUAUAGAAAAAAAAUUACUGUAUUAACCUUAUAAUAUCCUUACAUGUGGUGAAGUACUUCGUUACUAGAUACAUGUGUGUGUAUAUAUAUAUGUGUGUGUCUAAAAAUGUAUAUACAUAUAUAGAUACAUAUGCGCAGGAGCUGUAUUUUGUACUGUAAAAAGCUAGUUAUACUCUGGUCGUUGCUGGUGACUAAUUCCGGUGGAUCUUGUUUUUUACAUCGCAUACUAAAAAAAAAAAUGAUAUUUUCAUGUAAAGUACUAUAUGAAUCUUUUCUUUGUAAGUCGCAAAAUGAAAAUUCGUGGAUACGCUUUACUUAAUAACUUGAGCAUUUAAUAGAAAAAUAAAUAAAUAAAUAAAAAAUCGCAUAAUAUAUCAACUUGAUACAUACUCAGAAGUUAUAAAAUUUCACACGAAAUAUAAAAAAGAAAAGGAAGAAACGAAGCUCUUAGCUGAAAGUUGUUACUUUUAUGCGAGUACAAAACUAUAAAAGAUUUCCUUGAGAAUAAGGCAUAAAUGUAAGACUAAUAGGUAAUGAUUUGUUUGGUGGUUAUACAAUGUUUAUAAAUAAUAAGCAACGCUAUUGGGAUAUGAAUCAAUCGAACUACCUAGUUCUUUAAUUCUCCGUUUUAUCGAACGGAGAUACUCAAAUUUCAAUUGACGAAAAGAUCGCACGUGGAUCUGUAUUAAAUCUAGGUAGAUUCAACAUGAACAUCCCACGCAAAAUGCCAUUUAUUAUCGAUGUUCUACGAUACGAUAUAAGUCGUUGUGUCAUUAAACGUUGUUUCGUUGAGUGACACGAAUUGCUGGGGUCAUAGUGCGUGAUUUGUACAUGGAGAAUCUGAUUUAACCAGCAGCGACAAUGUGUAUUAAUGUUCAGAAGCCAGGCGUGCCUGACUCAGUGGAACAGAAGCGCACCUUGUGCGUUGUAUUACAUACGUAGUACAGGUGUCCUGCAAACCAUUUUAUACACUUAACUGCUCGGGACUUAAACCGAUCUCAUGCAUGGGUUUCAGAAAUAGUGAGUACUCAGUGCACCAGUGCGUCUGACGAGAUUUGGAGGAUCAGAAAAUAAAAUUUAUAUUCUGCUAUUGGACUUGAGUAACCUUUGGUGCUCUCACUGAAUGUGCAUUCAGAAAAUUCUAAUUGAAAUUAAUAAUUGGUCGCUACCCCCAAAUAUAUUUUCCAUUCUCUAUCAUGGAUGUUUUUCAUUUUUUUUUUCUUUUGUAUAUUGUAUAUGAAACACAAAGAUUGGGUUGUUAAGGAUUAAAUUUUUAAAAGAACUACGUUCUCGAACACGCGAUUCAUAAGUCAUGAUCAUUGGUGGCAUCAAAGGUUCAAAGGAGCAUUAAAAAAAAAAAAAGAAAAAAAGAGUGCGAUUAGGGCACCUGCGCUUUUGUCUCUGCUACAAGACUUACGUACGAAUAUUGUAAAGAAUACGACUGUUACAGUGUAUGAACUAAUUGGACCGGCGCACGCCCGGCCCGUGCCACACGCACGACUUAUAUUAAACUAAUCUAUUAAUACUUAAAGGAAGAAGAUGAAGAGGAUGAAAGGAAAAAAUAAAUUACAAAGUAAUAAAGGAUUAUGGAGUAUUUGAAGUUAUGUUUUUAAACUGAAUUUUUGAAAUAGAAUGUGUACGGAGAGGCAAGUGCAGAUCUUGUUUUUUCUGUUCCCUACACAAUUUCAUCUACCGAUUCACCUUAUAACUAGCGUAUGCAUCAAAUAGCAACUGUAUAAUAGCCUAUGAUAUACUUCAUGUAUUAUUAUUAUUUAUGUUUCAGUUUGAAGGAAGGAUUAUUUACUACAAAUAAAA